UCAAUACCGUGUCUGCCAUAUAUCAUACUUGUGCCCUUGUCCACUUUCCCCUUUAUUCGACGCACGUAUGCACGCUCUACAACAUGUCAUUCAUAUGUUGUCUUUUCAUGCUGUGGCUGUGCGUGUCGCUCCUUACGCCCACCAGCGCAUCCUGCCAGCGACCGUGUGUUGACCUAGCUCCCCAAGGCUGCUUCACCACACCCGACUUCGAGGGCAUAAGAAUGAUAUGCAGGGGCUUCCAAACUUCAAAUGACCUCAUCAAUAGUGCCAAAAGGACAGCAAUAGGACAACUCGUGACGACAUUCGAACUGCACCGCUUCACGGCAAUUAUGCUUCCCAACGAAGUCUUUCAAGAGAUCUCGCAAGCACAGGAGGUCGUCCUGAAGAAGGUUGACGUUUCUGCCUUGGCUGCUCCUGAUGGUGCUGAAGGAGUUUCGUUCCGCUCGUUGAAUGUUUCGUUGAAAGAACUUACGAUAGUAAACUGCAAUCUACUGUUCCAGUGGAAAUGGCAUCUUUUAGGCACCUUCACAAAUUUGUACAGCAUCGCCGUCAGGGACAGUUCCCUGUACAGAAUCGGCGAAAGCCUGUUCGACAUAUUCGCACCUGAGCUUCGCGAGCUGCUCAUCGAUAACGGAAAGGUGUUUUGGUACGGGGCUGCGGCAUUCAAGAUGCUCGUUCACCUGCGCCGAAUGUGCAUCAGGAAGAACGUGCUAUCAGCUAUUUCUCGAAACCUCUUUCCCAUCACUGCUGAGGAACUGGAGUUCGUAGACCUCAGCUACAACAACAUUCUACUAGUCGAGGAAGGAACUUUCCACGGCAUGCCUCGGCUGCGAUUUCUCGACUUAUCCAACAACCUUCUCAAAUCCCUACCAGUGGGUGGAUGCUGGACGUCAUUGGAGGAGAUCUGGCUCGAUGGGAACAGUUUUAACUGCGCUUCUCUCUGUUGGAUGAAGACCCAGUGCAGCUUUCCAGUGACGGCUAGAGUGACAACAUGCGAGCGCGAUAUGUACUUAUCUGAGUACUGUUGUCCACCUGCCAUAUCGACGUACUAGCGCUAGUACGCUGUUGUAGUUGUUUACCACUGUGUUUUUGUUUGUUUGUCGUUGUUGUUUUUUGUGCUUUUUUUACUUGAGAACAAGCUUUGUAUCAUGUCUGCUGGUUGGAUGUGGAAUAAACUUUCUCUUCGUUUGUCCUUA